CAACAUUUGGAUUUCUAAUACGUUUUUUUAUUGAAUGUAAUUUGAGAGUUUUUUCAGCAGUUUAAUAGAUUUAGAAAGAAUGAGUGAAGAUCUGCAAAGCACAACAAAUUUUUUACCAGGUGAUGUUGAUGAGGAAUCUAGUGAAUUUAACAUAAACAAUGGCGAUAUAUAUGUUGAAGAUGUAUUUUUCAAAGAUAUUAUUGAAGAUGAUGAACAACUUUCUUCAACAUCACAGUUAAAUAAUAAUGAAGAAUCAAAACAUUUUGAAUCAGAAGAUGAAGAUGAAUUAAGCUGCAUAGAAGUAAAAUCUCCUUGUGAUACCAAAACAAUUGAAUGGAUCCCAAGAGUUGAUGAAUAA